AUGGAAGUGUUGCGAGCAAGGGCGUCCGCUAUCAAAGCGGAUGCCACCCGCAAAACGAGUCGCCAUGGCUGGGUUCUUGAGAAACAGCCAAUGACAUUUGCAGAUGAGCACUCUUGGAGUAACCGAGACACUGAUGUCACCCCUUUGGAGCGCCGUACUUGGACAAGCUGGACAGUGCUCGGGUACUGGAUGAGCGACGCGUUGUCGGCUCAGAGCUGGGCUGGUGCGUCUGCAAUCAUCGCCGUUGGCUUGACAUGGCGAGAGGCUAUCUACUGUCUUAUAUUGGGUACUUUCACUGUGACUAUUCCAUUGUGCCUGAACGGCGCAGCCGGUGCUGAACUUCAUGCCCCGUUCCCUGUCAUCGCGCGCUCUGGAUAUGGGUUCUAUUUUAGUCGAUUUGCUGUGGUUAUCCGCAUGGCAACCGCACUCUUCUGGCACGCCAUUCAAACUUACUCUGGCUCGACUGCUAUGACACAAGUCAUCAGAGCUAUUUGGCCAUCUUAUCUUAACAUUCCCAAUCAUCUACCAGCCUCGGCAGGAAUAACCACCCAGCAGAUGGUGUCUCACUUCCUGUUUUGGUCUGUUCAGUUCCCCAUCCUCCUGAUUCCGCCACACAAGCUUCGAUGGUUCUUCGUUGCAAAGACAGUCAUUGUUCUGACUGCUGCUGUGGGAACUGUAAUCGGAAUGAGCAGACUGGCAGGUGGUACAGGCGACAUCUGGGACCAACAUCCCACAGUAUCAGGAUCUACUAAGGCUUGGCUUAUUGUUUCUUCCAUGAGUAGCAUGACAGGCGGCUGGGCCACAAUGGCUACUAAUGUGGCUGAUUUCACACGAUACAUGAAGAGGCCACAGGGCGUUUAUUGGCAGACGUUAUUUGUGCCAGGAAUUUGUACACUGCUUGGGGUGCUUGGGAUCAUCAGUACUUCAGCAGCAAAGGUGGUUUAUGGCGAGUACAUCUGGGAUCCUCUCGAACUUGCCUCCCACUGGGAUGGGUCCUCCGGGAGAGCUGCGGCGUUCUUUGUCGGAGUAUCAUGGUGCGUCGCUCAAAUCGGAACGAACUUGUCUGCCAACGUAAUCUCCUGCGCCAACGACAUGACCAGCCUGUGGCCAAAGUAUAUCAACAUUAAACGCGGCGUUGUGAUUACAACGGUUACGGCUGGCUGGAUCAUGGUGCCAUGGAAAAUCAUUUCAUCCGCCGCCUCUCUCCUUAACUUCAUGGGGGCACUGGGCGUUUUUCUCGCCCCCAUUGCUGCAAUCCUGGCCUGUGACUACUGGGUAGUCAAACGGAGGGCAAUCGACGUGCCUGCUCUAUAUCGCAAGAAUGGCCGAUACAGUUAUGGAACCCGAGCGGGCACAAAUUGGCGAGCUGUUCUGGCCAUGCUGGUGGGAAGUGUGCCGAAUUUGCCUGGUCUCGCGGCUGCGGUGAAUCCGAGCCUGGAUAUUGGGGGUGCCAAGAAUAUCUUCGACAUGUUCUAUCUUUAUGGCUUUACUAGCACGUUUCUCGCUUAUGGUGCCUUGAGUUGGGUUUGGCCUGCUCACGAAACCUUGGUUGAAGCGACCUUGCACGAGGAGGUCAUCAUUGUAGAUGGAAUGGAGGUGACCAACGACGGGCUUCAUGAUCACAUGGGUGCAAAGUCGGUGCCGGCAGAAACUAUCAAAGCAGCCGAAGCUUAG